AUGUAUUUUAUUUGGACUUAUGCUUGGAGGGAUGCUCAUGGCGAUAAUAAAUCGACCACCGGCGAAAUUGACACCAAGUCACGCAUCUUGAUCCUUACCCCCGCUGCUUCUGUCCCUCCCCCCGAGCCUACCAGAAACCAGAACGAGUGUAGGGGCAAUGGCAAGGGUAGCCAACGCGUCCGUGUCCCCAUAACUAUCCCUGCUGUGAUGGUUUGGGAUAUUUUGUUCAAUUGCACUGACGAGUCUGCACCUUCUAACGAAGAGUGUGUCUAUAAUUUGAAGAAGCGUGACCAGAAGGACAUUAAGUGA